AAAAGGAUGUCAAGGUACAGAACCAGCAGCAGGGUCAGUUAAUGAGAUAUCAGAUGGAGCAGCUCCAACAAUUGAUGGAACAGCAGCAGAAACUUAUCAAGUUGCUCUCACUACCUAUGGCCAAUCAAGGUUUUACUUUGCCGAUAGGAUUCUCAUCUCCAUUGACUAGUCUCUCUGCAGCCUUGUCUCCAGGGAUCAACACAACUGCUUUUCAGUUCUCUGGCCCUUCUGCUAAUGAAAAUCCUUCAAAUACAAAAGGAUCAUUUUGCAUUCCAUUAGUCCAAAUAAUCCAAUCUCCAGCACAGGAAAGUGUAUCUGCAUCAUCAGUGAGUAGUGAUCCUUUUCAGACAGCGAUGUGUCCACCUCCGCCUCGAGACUCAGGUGAUUCGAUGGCUGAAAAUUCUAUUUUGGUGCAGCGAUCAUCUAAUGAGAAACCUGAGAUACAUGUUUCUGGACAACAAAUUCAGGCAGAGGAAGCAGAAACGAGUGUAGAUGAGUGUAUCCAUAAGGAUGAAAACUGUCCUAGGAAUCUUUCUCCAAUCAUCGAGGAUAAAAGUGAACUACAAUUAGAGCAACAUGCUGUCACUCCAUUUGGUAUUCAAGGAAAUUCGAAGAAACCAGACGUUCCAGAGGAAAGACCCAUCAGACCUGGAAUUAGGGAAAAACAAAAGACUUUUGAAGAUCUUGUUGAAGAACUACUUAAGGUCGAUUCAGAAUUAAUUCAACAGGGUCCUCAGGAUAUCAGUGAAAUGAAGGUGGCUCCAAAGAAGACUUUCCUGAAGCGUGGAGAAGGCAUUGCACGAUUUGAAAAGAGCAAAGAAAAUAUGGUCAAAGAAGAAAACAGGAGUCCAGUUUGCAAAUCCACCAAACAGUUUCCUAGAAAAGUUAGUUUUAGCAGUCAACAUCAAUUUUCCUUACCCUUGCUCAACGAGAAUGAAAAGCUUGAAAAUAAAAAACAAUUAACUUCAAAAAUACAAAUUGAUAGUUCAAUCCUUAUGGAACCAAAAGCAAAGAAGUCUGUCUCCAUUAACAAUUCCCUAGAAGACACCAAGAUAAAGGAUCACACGCUGAAAGAAAAACUGGACGAAAUCAAGAAUAGUACAGAUGAGGGUAUUCAAAGUGACAUAAAUGUAGCAGAGCCACAAAUCAAGGUUGACUCACUCCAUAAAUACUCUGAUGGAAGGAAGGGUGGAUGUCAACAGGACAGUGAUAAAGUGGAUAUAACCACUCCAGAGGAAUUCCAAGGAAGAAUUACUAAAGGAAGUUUAAACUUAAAUGUUCCAGAAAGUCAGUACUUGAUUGGAGUUGAUCCACAAUUGAAGAAUUGGCCAAAUAUUUUUUCUCAUGGAAGCAUGGAGAGACAGAACCAACGCCAACAAGUCGGACAGAUUAAGAUGAACCAACUACAGGAAUCUUCAAAUGAACAGCCAUGCUUCAAUAACAUUUCUCUUCUGGAACACCUAAGUAUAAAGAGAACAGAGAGUACAGACCAGGCAACUAAAAUGGGCCAACUGCAGGCAGAGAAAGACCAAAAUGAAGAUGUAGCCGGUGCCACAGAUUCCAGAAAAUUGCUUGAGAGAAUAAGUCCAAGCAUAGGCUUUAAGAAGAUAAAUGACAGAAUAAUUCAAGUUGCUACUGAUGGCCUACUGUGCCAGAGUGCAAGUUUUGGAAACCAGCAAAUAAAAGAUCAUGAUAUAGUCAGCUUUGAAACUGUGGGAUUAAUACCACUUGCAAACAAUGAACAUAGUAUGGGCUUUGUUUUAAAGAAUGAUGGUCUAUGUUGUGGUGCAUCAAAUGCUGAAACAAACACUACUAGCAAUGAAGACGUUGGUCCAAAAUCUCAGUACCACCGACAACCCAUGACAGAAAUUCUACAAAAUUCUGGUCAGACUGAUGAAAACUUAGACUUGUCAGAUGAUGCCGACUAUGCGAGUGAUGCUCCAAGUGCAAUAGAAGAAAUGAAUACAAUAGUUCAAAUUUCUCAGCACCCUAUAUAUUCUAGGUCAAUAGCUGGAACAUCUACCGUGAAACAUAAUGCACUGAGCAGCACCAGUAGCAGUGACAAUGAACCCUUAGAGUGCAAGACAAUUGAAAGAAGAUUUCCUUUUCCAAGUAAUAGGCCAAGAAGAAAUAAAAACAAGGUUAUGAAAAAGAAGGCAAACUUUGUAAAAAAAUGUGGCAAUAGUUUUAUGAACACUCAAACUUGUGAUUCUACAGAACCAGAUCUGAUGCAACUUUCUACCCCUGGUCAGUCAGCAGUACUUCAUUCUCAACUAAAGGUGUCAAGAAACUCUGAUCUUCCAGUGCAGGUGAACUCAAGAAGUGCAAAUGUUCAAGAAGAUGAUCAAUCCGGACAACUCCAAGCCAAACUCCUACAACUGGAAACAGAAAUUGAACGCUUCAAAGUAGAAAACACAGCAUUAGCCAAAAUGAAGGAGAAACAAGAACUAGCCAUGGAAAGUCUCAGAAAAAGGAUGGAUCAGUUUGAACAUGAGAAGAUUGAAGAAAUAGCUCGUUUAGAUGAGUACAAGAAGGAGGAGAUGAAGAAACUACAAAAAGCGAAGCAAUUGUCUGAAGAAUUCUCAGCAACCGGAUCUAUUUUUGAUAAGAAAGAGAAUGAAGAGAUGGAGUUUUUGAAGCAACAGCUUAGUCAGCUCCAGGAAGACUUUAGAAAAAAUGAAUCAAGGUGGUGUCAUGCCCACAAAUGUCUUCGAAACCAGAUUGACACAUUGACCAAGGAAAACAUUGAACUACGUGAUGAGUUGAAAGCCGUAGACUGUCAACAUCAGGAGCCUGAGAAAAAGACUGAGAGCAGCAAGAAAUCUGAAACACCAGUAUCAGAUGCCAUCAUUAAAGGCACAUCACAAACAGUCUCAUACAGGCAUAGGAGCCGUAGUUCAACUCCAACUGGAAGAAGAAUGCCUAUGGAGAGAAGACUGACUCCUGCAGAUUCUGAGCUGAAGCUUUCAGGAAAUGUAACAAAAAGACCUGAAGGUAGGAAAACAGAAGUACGAGAAAUCCAUGUCAAGUCUCCUGUCCAUUUAAGGAGCAGAAGUGGAACUCCAACUGGAUGGAAAACACAUUUUCAGGACAGACCAAUACCUGACCCUUCCUUGAAUAUUCAGCAACGCACUCCGAAUCAUCAAAGGGGACAAGACAGGAAGUCACCCACACCAAGUGUAAACCUAAGUGUGUUUCAAAGAGUAAAUUCUACUGGCUGUAUGGGGGGUGUUCAGUCUUCAAAUUCAGGUAGCUCAGAAGAUAAUUCCUGCAUGCAUUUACAAACAGCCGAGCGUGUUACCAGGUCUCAAAAUAAUACUCCUAAACGACAGAUACAAGAAACACGAACUUUAAAUCAGAACUCAGCAGUCAGAUCGCAAGAGAGACCUUCUUCAGGCUGCAGGAGUCGCAGUGCAACCCCAAGAGGAAAAAAGACUCCACUGGAUAGUUUUGAACUUGAACAGAAGGUUUCACGGCCAAGCUCUAUUUUAUCAAGAAGAGAUUCUACUUACUUUAAGAGGAAAGUUACAUACGAUAAUGUCAGAGAAGAAAUUCAGUACCCAGAUGGCAAGUUGGAACAAUUUCUGACAAAUGGUAGUCGAAUUAUCACCUUUCGGAAUGGCACAAGAAAGGAGGUCAGUGCGGAUGGCCAAUCUGUCACAAUCACAUUCUUCAAUGGAGAUGUGAAAACAUUCAUGCCAGAUCAGAAAGUGAUUUACUACUAUGCUGAUGCAAAGACAACUCAUACUACAUACCCAAAUGGAAUGGAGAUGCUACAUUUUCCUAAUAACCAGAUAGAAAAGCAUUACCCUGACGGUAAGAAGGAAAUACUAUUUCCAGACCAGACAGUCAAACAUCUUUUUCCUGAUGGUCAUGAACAGAGUAUAUUCCCAGAUGGAACAAUAGUAAAUCUUCAGAAAAAUGGAGAUAAAAUUGUCGAAUUCAACAAUGGACAGAAGGAGAUCCACACAUCACAGUAUAAACGCAGGGAGUACCCUGAUGGAACCAUAAAGACUGUGUAUUCUAACGGGCGACAGGAAACAAAGUACUCCACAGGACGUGUCCGAAUAAAAGACAAAGAAGGAAAUAUCAUUCUUGAUAAAAAGUGACUGAUGAGGCUUCUGUUUGUAUUAUUUCGGACGAUUAUAUUCAGUUUCAGAGUGGAUGUCGGGAUAAGAUCCAACUAAGUUGCAAUAGUUAUGUAACAGCAAAACAAUCUCACAAUUCAAUCCUGAUUUCAAUUGAUUUUCCAUAAUUUGCUUUAAGUACAAAAUAUUGAAUGUUCUUUGCUCAGAAUCUGAGCCAUUGUUGCUUGUGCACAAUAACAAAUUUUUAAACUUGGAAGAAUAAUGCACCUUUAUGCGUACAGGCAGUAGAAUUUAGUUUGAGAAAAAUUGAAAUGAAAUAUGUGUUAUCUCUGACCCACUUUACUCCUGCUUAGGGUUGCUACCUUUUGGAUUGUCCGAGAGCCUCCUGGAGCAAGCUGAAGUAAAAUUAUAGGGACGUUAAAAAUUAUGUUUACAACGUUGUUUGUAAUUUUAAAAUAUUUGAGAAGAACAACAAAACUGUUUAUUAUCUAGAUGGGCAAGUUGGAGAUGCAAAGUUAUUUGAUAAAAUCUCUAGGGAUAUGUCCAAGCAGACUUGCCAGAUCUAUCCUGAUGUUUAUUAUUUUAUUCUAUGGUUAUUAUCAUUAAUUUAUUACUCUUUCUCCUAUUCACUAAGUGUAAUAAGAUUUAAAGAUUUGAAAUUUUCACCACAUGCAGCACCCCAAGUGCAAUAAGAAAAGCAAUUGAGAAACAUUGAGAUCACAAGACUUCACAGAGUAUUGAAAACAAUGGGCAAAAUAAUCAAUCCCAAAAAUGUUAUUUGUCUGCCCUUUAAUUCAAAUUAUUUAAAUUACACAGACUACACUGUGCAGAAACAAGCCAUUCAGCCCCACGAGUGUUCAAUUCCAUUAGCAGCUCUGCAGAAUUUAAAUGUGCUUGUCUACAGAAAGAUCAGGACUAUACUCAGGCUUGGACUGAUAACAAAUGAGUAAUUUUUGUGUCAUACAAAUGCGAGGACAAUAAACAUGACGAGCAAAAGAGUGCCUAAUUACCCCCCUUUGAGAUUCAGUUACAUUACCAUCACCGAAUGCCCCAUCAUCAAUAUCCUAGGGAUCUGCAUAUUAAUCAGAAAUUUAACUGGACUACUCAAAUAUAACAUCAGAUCAGAAUCAGGAAAUUUUGUACUAAGAAACUCAUCAUGAGAUUCUCCAGAGUCUGUUCAUUAUCCAAAAGGGACAAGCCAGGAGUGUGAUGAAGUUUUUUUCAAUUUGCCUGGUGAAGCGCAAUUCCACUAUACGUGAGUCUCAAUUCCAUCCAGUCAAAACAGCUCACUUAAUUGACACUUUAUUCACCAUGCAGAAUUUCUAAUAUUCCUGCAGUAUGUACCAUUUCCACCAUGUAUUGCAGCAUAAUUCCAAGGUUCUUUCAACAACAUCUUCAACAACUAUGAACUUUGCCACAAUGACAACAGGCCAAAGGGAGCCCUAUUAGCUGCAUGUUCCCCUUCAAAUCACACUACCCUUUCUUCAUUAUCAUUGGUUCAAAAUCCUGGAACACCCUCCCACUGUGGAAGUACAUUCACCUGUGGAGUACAGCCACCCAAGAAGGUAGCUCAAUGGCAAUUAGAUUCAAGAACAAAGAUGACACAAUACAGAUGGAUGGAGACAUAAUGUUGAGAAAGUGAGAAAACUGCAGAAGGAUUGUACAGGGUAGGAGAUUAGCUAGGAGAGUGGGCAAAGAACUGACAGGUGGGAUACAAUUUGAGAAAGUGUAAGGGUGCGCACUUUGAUAGGAAGAAUUGAGGAGUAGACUAUUUCCUAAAUGGGGAAAAGCUUCAGAAAACUGAAGUAAGUAAAAAAGACAUAAAGGGCAAUUUUUUUUACACAGAAUCUAGUUUGUUGUGGAAUGAACUUCAAGAGGAAGUGGUGUAUAUGGAUACAGUUUUAAUGUUUAAAAGACAUUUGGAUAAGUAUGAAUAAUAAAUGUUUGACGGGAUAUGGGCCAAACACAGGCAGGUGGGUCUAGAUUAGUUUGAGAUUAUGGUCGAAUUAUGGACUGGCUGGACUGAAGCGUCUGUUUCUGUGCUGAAAGACUAUGAUUGUUUGAACUCGUAACACGUAGGAACAGAAAAUAGCCUCUUAAGCUUGUUCUCCCCAUUCAAUAAGAUAAUGACAGGUUUGUGACUUAACUCCAUUUACCAGAUUCUGUCCCAUAUCCUUUCAUAACUUUGGUUAGUGAAAAAAUUCAAAUAUAUAAAUAUAUAUAUUAUAUAUGUUAAUAUGUACAAAGGAAUCUCAAUUUCCCUCCUGAAAGGUCUAGCUUGAUUCUUUAGGCAUUGCCUUGCUUAAUAUUUUUAAUAAUGGCACUUUAAAUUAAUUGAGGAAAUAAACUUUACAUUUUCUUCCCAAUGCUUAUAUCUCUCUCAGUCAAACAAGCUAAGGUGAUCAGUCUUCUUUAUGUUUACAUUAAUGCUUAGCUGAUUUGGUUGCCAGAAGAUGCAUUAAUGCAAUCCAGUGAUAACUUUCUCAGCUGAUUUAUCCAUUUCUUCCUAUGAGAAGAUCACCUUCUCCUCCUUCAUCCACAUUGCUGAGAUCAAGAACUCGGCGUAGGAUUUGAGGAGAUCUCCAUGCAUCUCUGUAUUCUAUAAUGUGGCACACAAUGUUAAUUUCUAGCAGCUCAACUUCUAAAUAAAACCAAGGAUAUAGAAUUCCUGACCAAAUAGUUCCGUCAGACAGCCCAAAAGUUGUGAUGUAUUAACUCAUUCCCCCUCCUCUGAAACAAGAUAGUUUGGUGUAAUUUGAAUUCUACUAUUUGCACAGGAAGACUAAAGAAAUUAAACAACCAUUACCUGUGCACAGUAGUGUAUUUGACAAAUGAUUUCAUUAGCUUGAAGUUUUACUGUUAUUUUUAUUUCUUGGUGUCUUUCAUAGCUUGGUGUCGGAUGACUUCGCUGGCUAUAAUAACAGCCUAGAGAUCUUCUAUUGAGUAUAUAUGAAAUCUCUGUUCCAUGUUAACUACCAACAUUCAUGAGCAACCUAAGCAGUUGUUUCAAAAUGUUAAGAUUGCUUUUACUUUCCAAAAGUUGGUGGAUGAAAUCAGUCAACGCCCAGUAAUGACAGACAUAAGUCGGGAUAAUUUUGAUUUCUGGCCUGUUGUACGUCUCUCUUGAUUUUAAAUUCUCUGGACUUCAAUGGAAAUGAAAAUUCAAGAGAUAGAUAAUGUGUAGUUAACUGUAUUAGUCUGUAUUACAGUUGCAAAAUCACAAUCCCAAUGCACAAACUAUUCAUUUCUCCCCUCAGUAAUUUAAAGAAAAUAUUGCAUAGAAAUCAAAAUAAUUUUUAAAAUGUCUUAACUAAAUUUAAAUUAUUUAAUAAGAUUUUGAUUAAAGUGCAGGUUUUUUCAU